AUGAUUGUACGAUCGACUGUUAUGCUGUCGCUUGUGGGUGCAUUCUUGAUGGUGAAUGGAGCACCCUUUGGAGGUGGUGGGCACGAUGAGGGCGAAUUCCACGACAAAAAGUACGACGAGGAAUUGAAGCAUGUGUCCAAAGUGGGCAAUACUUAUGUGGCCGCACUAGAAAUAUAUGACAACCCACCAGAUCAGGACAAUGCGCACAAGGAGGUAGACAACUUCCCUUCCAACAUCUACAGCAAAUACGACAAUCUGCAGCAGAAAGUUAAAAGCUUUUUCGAUGCUGAACCCAUUAUCGACCACAUCAAGGAAUCGGACAAGUACGGCAACACGGGCGAUCAGUUCUAUUUCAUCACGAAACCACUGGUGGAAACAACUGCCAAGGUGAACAUGUUCAUCAACUCGGUGAUAGCGGCACCAAAGAAGCUGCUCGGUGGACUGAAGAAACAAGCCAACGAAAAGCUGAACGAUGUUGGUGCUGGUUUGGUUGGUUUGAGGCGAUAA